ACAGGGAUCCCAUAUCAUAUGUCCUCUUUAUCGAUUUUUUUACAUUCUGAUUCAGAACAAUAGCAAAACUACAGUAGCAAUGAAAUAAAUUUAUAGUUGAAGUCACCACAGCAUAACGAACUGUCUUAAAGGGGCACAACAUUAAGAAGAUUGAGAACCACUGGUCUAGGCAUUUCUUGAACUGGUGAGGAUAGCAGUGGGAUGUGUCUUUCUGUCCCCACUCCACUAACCAAACAUUUUCAUAUUGGAACCUGUUGUAUGAGACAGCCUGAAUCACUCCCUGUUGGCUCCAGAGUAUACGAUUUCUUAUUCCCGGAAAGGAGAGAAAUGUAUUCACAGACUGCGAACAGUGUUGUCUCGAGCUCUCUGCAUUCUGACUCUGUCUCUUAGAAAUUCAGUCUCUGGAUCCUUAGCACAUAGAAUCCUCUAACCUGGCUGGUGUCCCCUUUCUUCAGUAGUCUCCUCAAAACUCAGAGUUGCAGCAUGGGGCGAACCUCUCCAGAGGAUCACUGCCCUUUGUGUGGGAGUCAAAGCAGGAAAGAGUUAUAAGUACGUGUGGUGAAACGAAACAUAGGCGGAGUGCAGUGUGGAACCGCCCUGCAGCAAAAACCGUGUUUCAUCGCCUCAACGUUUACAGUUCCGUUCUUCUUGUCGCUGAAACUCAGCUCGUCGGCUGUGAGAUGAGUGCUGCAGAGCCUGGAGAGGCUACUGUGGGCAUGCUCAGUACCACAGACAGGCUGCAGGAGGGCGAGUUGGCUCUUGGUUCAAUAACUAGAAGACUCCAUGGCAACACUUCUGCUCCCUUUUUUCUACUUUUCAAAGACAUCAUUUCCAGGUCUGGACAUCCAGAGAAGGGUAUUUUCAGAGGAGGAGUGUACAAAGCUUGAAAGAAAAUGUUUCAGAAUCAUCUCCCCUGUGUCUCCUGCUAGGCUUUACUGCUGCUGUGCAGUGAUCAUCGUCCUCACUGCAGCUGUGAUUGCACUUUCUGUGGCUCUGUCAUUUUCAGUAAGAAGGCAAGAACAGGACUCAAUCAAAAAUACCCAUGCUCCUUGCCCAAGAGGCUGGAUUGGAUUUGGAAAUAGAUGUUUUUAUUUCUCUGAAGACUCGAGUACUUGGACAUUAAGCCAGAACUUCUGCACGGAACAAAAGGCCCAGUUAGCUCAAUUUGACAACAUGGAGGAGCUGAAUUUCCUGAAGAGAUACAAAGGGACCUCUGACUACUGGAUCGGCCUGCACAGAGAGUCAUCAGAGCACCCUUGGAAGUGGAUGGACAACACGGAAUAUAACAGCUCGGUUCCCAUCCGAGGAGUGGAAGACUAUGCCUACCUGAACAACAACGGGAUCAGCACUGCCAGGAUCUAUGCAGACAGAAGAUGGAUCUGUAGCAAGCCCAACAGCUAUAUCCUCGAAUGUCAAAUUCCUUUUUCCUCUUUCUAGUCUUUGUAAAGAGAUGCUUUGCAACCUAAUAUCUACAGUUGCUGCUCUAACCCCUGUUUGCCAACAUUGUUAUCAAAAUGAAUUGGCUGCCAACUGGGUCACAGGAGCAUUUAGGCAUCAUGCAGUCUCCCUGAUGACAAUAGGUCCGAGAGCGCUCCUGGGACAGCAAGUAUUUGGCAAGAGGUGGUCUGUGUCCUACAGGAUCAAACAUUCAGCCAAGAUUUAAAUCUUCACAUAACACAGAGAAGCAUAUCCAUCUAAUAAAAAAAAAGAAUUGAGAAUAUUUCUUUACAUCCAAAUGAGAAACAUAUUGAAGAACUG